AUGGAACUGCGAAAGACGCUUCUGGUCCUGGGCACGCUGCUGUGCGCGCAAAUCGCUACUGCAAACCAGCUCUGGCACCAAGUUAACCGCUACGAUGAGAACGGCGCCGAAUGCCCGCUGAGGCAGGCAUACAACCAGACGUGCUAUUCGCUCUGCGUAUCCGAUCUGUCAAAGUGCCCCGGCAAUGUACGGCCAGCCUGCCCCGAAGGACAGAGCUUCUGUGCCGAUGGCCAUUGCCACGACGAAUGCACAGCCGAGAUCAAUGCGGCCAACCCGUGCUUUUGCAAGCAAAAGCCCAGUAAGAUCCCCUCCGAAGCCCUGUCGCUGGUCCCUUGCGGGCCGAUCCCCAAGGUCAACAUCACCCAGUUCCAUCCAUGGGACCCGAAACCCGACAUCCGCAACAGGUGUGGUGAGUGGGCCGGCAUCACCGACCAGAGCCAAUCUGUAGGUAUCUGGGGCAGCAUGUGGGCAACCGGCGAUAUGAUCGGGGUGUGGGCUGACUGCCCAGCGGCGCCACAUGCCAACUACAAGUACAAUGAGGGCUACUGGAUUGCCACCUUUGCCGUCAACGGUGCCCUGGCCUUUAUAAUCGGCGUGUGGUCGCUGUACAAGCGCUGGGCCGAGCGCGGCGUGCACCAAAUUGCCUCCCACACGCUCGAUGCCUCAGAGGCCAAGCGCUCAGCCGCCGCUGCUGCCGCCGCCGCCAACACACCGAUUGAUGACGUCAAGGCCGAGAAGGGUGCGGCAAUUGCUUUCGAUGACGAUUCAGAUGAGCGCAACACGCUGGACAAGACUGCCCGGCCCGGUGCUACCACGAUCAACGGGGCAAGCCCGUCGCUUCUGGAGACUACAGAUAGCCUGCAGCGCGACAUCAGCCUCAAGGGCUACCGCGACCAUUUCCUCGGCACAUUGGGGAUCUGGUCGAUCGGCGGAGUGAUGAUUCUGUGGAUCUGCUACUUGGGCGUGUGGACUACCGACUACUACGGCUCGAUGCCCGGCUGGCGCCACGGCGUGGUUUCAAGCCUGGCGUACAAAGAUGACUACCUGGAGCUGGCCACCUUCCUGAUCGUCUGGGGGCUGUCGUUCCUUUUCCUGAUCGUGCUCUACAUCCUCAAGCCCCACCUGCGCAACUUUUUCCGUGUGCAGACCCUGCCGGCCACAGGGCAGUACGUCUGCGUGGUGCGUCCUGUGCAUGAGGUCAAGCUUGUAGCUGAGCAGCCCAACGUGCUGCAGGAGGCCAUCAACCGGAUCACCGAGAGGCUGAGCAUUGUGAUGAGCCAGGAUAGGACCUACACCACUUGUCCCGUCGAGCGCACCAGCGAGGGCCGCAUCUACUUUACGUACCAGUGCACACGCUACGUGUUUGACGACCAGAUUGGCCAGUACGCGCCGUUCGAUUUUGAUCUGGGAGCCACCAACCGCAGUCUGAUCUCGCAGGCGGGUGGCUUGUCCUCUGAGGAUGCACUGUACCGCUCCGAGCUGGUGGGUCCCAACUUUAUCCAGGUCGAAGUGCCCGGCGUCUUCAUGGCCUUUGUGCGCGAGCUGGUCUCGUUCUUCUACAUCUACCAGUUCAUCUUUCUGUGGGCCUUCUACUUUUACGCCUACUACCAGGUCGGUCUUGUCGACACUGGCGUGAUCAUGAUCUCGGCCACUAUCAAGGUCCUCUUGCGCAUGGGCUCAGAGAAGCGCCUGAAGCGCAUGGCCGAGCAAGAGGAAAUGAUCAGCGUGAAGCGUGACGGCCAGUGGAUCGAGACUUCGACAAAAGGUCUCGUGCCUGGCGAUGUCAUUGAGAUCAUCUCUGGCUCACACAUGUCGUGCGAUUGCAUCUUGCUUUCUGGAAGUGCCAUCAUGGACGAGUCAUCACUGACGGGUGAGCCGCUGCCGAUACGCAAGUUCCCGCUCCGCCUGGACGAGGGGCAUUACGACCCCGAAGGCGCCGGAAAGAUGUCUACCCUGUACGCAGGUACAAUCGUAUCGCAAGUGCAGCCCAUCCUGCAUGCCACCGACCAGCUCGAGAGCGACCGUGUGCUGGCGCUGGUCAACCGCACGGGUACCUCGUCUGACAAGGGCCAGCUGGUGCGCAAGAUCCUGUUCCCGAAUCCGAUCUCAUUCAUCUUCAACGAGCAGAUGCGCAUUGUGGUGUUCAUUCUAAUCCUGUACUCAGUCUUCGUCAUGGCCAUGGCGGCAUACCUGUACAAGGGCAAUAACGUCGCCAUUGUCUUCUACGGCGUGUUUGCCAUUGCCCAGCUGCUCUCACCGCUACUGCCUGCUGCUCUGGUCAUCGGCCAGUCGAUUGCUGCUGCGCGUCUGCGCAAGAAGCAGAUCUUCUGUGUCGACCCUCAGCGCAUCAUGAUUGCUGGCAAGGUCCAGAUCUUCUGCUUCGACAAGACUGGCACGCUGACCAAGGAGGGCCUCGAGUACUACGGCGGCCAGUGCAUUGACAAGCAGACAGGCGCUUUCAACAAGUUCCAGAACACGUUGGGCGACAAUGAUGUUCUCUUCCAGCAGGCUGUUGCCAGCUGCCAUGCUGUCACUGACCUCAACGGGCAGCUCAUCGGUAACCCCGUCGACAUUGAGCAGUUCCGUGCGUCAAAAUCUACCAUUGAUCCAGCCCCCAGGUAUCUCGAUGCGAUCAUUCCCGCUGAUAGCGCCAAGCAUGGGAUCUUGCACGUUGUUCGCCGCUUCGAGUUCGUCCAUGCCCGUGCCUCCAUGUCGGUCGCCAUUCUGGAUGAAACCACUGGUAAGCUGCAUGUGUUUGUCAAGGGUUCGUUUGAGCGCAUCAGGCAGAUCGCGAACAGCAGUUCUGUGCCAUCCGACUACGAUGAUACCUGCGCCGGUCUGGCCCGUGAGGGCUGCUAUGUCCUAUCGAUUGCCCACAAGGAGCUGGACAUUCCACUCGAAAAGAUCAAGGACCUGACGCAGGACGAGCUUGAGGGUGACUGCAAUCUGCUUGGCCUGCUGGUGUUCAAGAACAUGCUCAAGAGCGACACUGAGUCCGCCAUUGGCGAGCUGAAGGGUGGCUCAACCCGUACUGUCAUGAUCACCGGGGACACCGCUCUAACUGGCGUCUAUAUUGCGCGCCAGUGCGGUAUGAUCCCGCCCAACAACAAGGUCCUGCUAGGUGACUGCAAAUCGACCAUGGACGAUGUCCAGUGGAUUGAUGUCGACACGAUGGAGGCUGUCAGCGACAUUGCCCCGUACCUGGCAGAGCUUGGCCAAGAUGGAUAUCCGACAACGGAGCUGGCGCUUACAGGCACUGCAUUCUCGCGUCUCAACAACACGGGCGCCAUCGACAGCAUCCUGUUCCAUACUCGCGUAUUUGCGCGUAUGAAGCCGGUCAACAAGGUCGAAUGCAUCGAGCUGCAUAUGAAGUACGGCAUCACGGCAAUGUGUGGUGAUGGCGGCAAUGAUUGCGGUGCCCUGCGUGCUGCGCAUGUUGGUAUCGCCCUCUCCGAUGCUGAGGCCUCGAUUGUAUCGCCCUUCUCGUCUGCCAACCGUUCUAUCUAUUCGUGUGUUGAGCUGCUGAUUCAGAGUCGUGCUGGCUUGGCCACAUCGUUUGCCAACUUUGCCGCCCUCAUCUGCUACGGUCAGAUCAUGUCGGGAAUGGUCAAAAUGGCCAGCUUCUACUUUGCCAUCAGUCUGACGCAGAACCUGUGGAUGCUUAUUGAUGGUGCUAUCGCCACUGGUCUGGCUAUGACAGUUUCCAUGUCUGGCCCCGCUAAAAAGCUGGCGCCGUAUCGGCCAACCACACGCAUUCUCGGUCCUCAGAUGCUGGCCUCCGUUGGCGGCAUUGCUCUGAUCAACUGGCUCUUCUCUGCAAUGGCCUAUGUCUGGCUCUUCCAGCAACCCUGGUUCCGCUGCAACGAGCACGCGUCUGCUGAGGUAGAUGUGACCAAGUGGUGGUUGUUGGGCGACAACUACGAGGCAUCAAUUCUGUCGUUUGUCUCCACAUUCCAGUUCAUUAACAACGGGUUCGUUGUCAACUACGGUCACCUCUACCGUGCCCGUUGGUACAAAAACUACUCGCUGCUUGUCAUCUGGGCCUUCUUGAUGACCUUUGUGUCGUAUAUGCUUCUAGCUAAUCCGAACCGGGUGGGCUGUGCAUUCCGCCUCAACUGUGGAACCGAUACUGUCCUCGAGAGCCUGCACUACCCUAAGCCCACAUGGAAAAUCGAGCCAUACAACAGCCCACUUGGCCACAAUGUUAUCCCUAGGAACAGCCGCUGGGCACUGUGGGGAUACUGUCUCGGUAACAUGGCUGCAACCAAUUUCUGGCAGGUGUUCGUCAUCAAUGGUCCUAUGCGCAGCCUCCUGCGGAAGAAGAAGCCGCUGCGUCGUUUGAAGAUCAAGCUGUAAGUUGCAAAUACUUUAGUUGUUUUAUAAACUCAUUGCUAUCAACGCCGUAUCAUGAACUAU